AAAGCCGGGCAGAACAUGGGAAAUGUUUUGUGAGCAUCCUCUCGAGCCAUGGAGAAGACGGCUGCAUAAUGGAUUGCCAAGGACAAGCAUUAAAGCUAACGCGCAUUUAUAAGAUCUUAUCUUCUGAAAGGUGUCCGCAUUUGGCGGGAAAGCCUAAAAUCUUCUUCAUACAGGCGUGCCGUGGAAACAGAUUUGAUGAUGGCAUCUACCUAGAAACAGAUAGUGCACCUGAGGAAGACUGUUUCUCACAUUACCUAUCUAUUCCUGAAAAUACUGCUGUCAUGUUUUCUUGCAGCCCAGGCUAUGUUUCGUUCAGCAAUCAGUGGGAAUCUAUGUUUCUCAAAGCAUUACUGGAAGUGCUAGAAGGAGAGGAAAGAAAACUGAAAGUCACCAAACUCAUGACUUGGAUUAACUGGAAGGUUGCUUUCUUUUGUGAAGCAAAAGGAACUGGGUAUAAGGGCAACAAGGAGAUGCCCUGUUUUGUCACAAACAUGGUGGAGAAGGUUUACCCUUUCAAACAAGACAGAGAAUGCUCGGAUUACCCAGAUCACUCCAACCCUACAAAUACAAUUCAGUCGUCGGUUCAUGAUGCCGUUUGAUUUUUCACUUGCUGCAUUUUGAUCCAGACAAUUAUAAUUUAUUUAACCAGUCAG